AUGGAUGCCAAAAAAGAAAACCAAUGGAAGCAACAAACACUACCUCUGUGGAUUUCACCAGCUUAUUCGAAACGUCGGUGGGAACAACUGGCUGAUCUAUUGCUUGAGGUACAAAACAGAACACAUAUUAAAUUUCGGUCAUUCAUCAAAGAGCGAGAUACUGAUUACGUAUCUCUGAAGAUGACUACUUAUGGCUGUUACGGACUUCUGGGAUAUGGAAAGGGUGGAGAAAGAUGGAUUAAUCUCUACGAUGAAUGUAUUGAGUACAGCCAUACUGUUCUGAGAUCAAUAUACCAAAUUCUUGGAUUUCAAAUGAUUGCAAUGAAGGAACCGAAAGAAAACAUAUUGUAUUCCGGUCCUGACAGCAGGAUUGAUUAUCUUAAAUUUAUAAUAUGGAAGAAAAAAUUUAUUGUGGAUUCAAAUAAGCUAGCCAAAGAGACUAAUGAGGAAGAAUGCAUCGGAGCGGAAACUGCAACAAGCAUGAUGUGUCACCAACCGAAUAUGGAAUUUUUUUACUGGAGUAAAGUAUACGAGAAUCUUAUCCAUUCCUAUCCCUACGUGGAUGACCUACUCUUCGGACGUGUGUACAGAAGGACUAGGAAUGUAACCAAUCACGACAUCUUCCACAUCAACAGAAUAUAUAAACAGACCAACAAAAAUCCGAAUUAUCGAUUGCACGAUUUUGCGAAUUUUUCAAUGUAUAGAGCUGAAGAUUUUCAAAAAAUGCCAGAUGUUAUCAUUGGACUGGCUGAUUUGUAUUGUGAGGAUAGUCUCGUUGACUGUGAUUUUCUACACAGAUCUCGGGGCCAUUGCAAUUCAUUUCAGGAAUUCAGAUAUAUAUUGUGUGCUCGGACUUGUGGAAUGUGUGGCAUAAGUUUACGAUUGUACUAUAUCAGUACGCAUCAUCCUUAUGUCUAUAUCCAGGAAAAAAUAGAGCAGCAUUUGCCAAUAUGUACUGAUGACCUGCAGGCUGUUCUAAAUGGGACAUGUAGUCACACCAAUUUACAUAAUUGCUUGAUCCCCAAAUUCCGGGAAAAAUGUCGCAGAAGUUGUGGUUAUUGUCCAGAACAGAGUCGAGUUGAUUGCGAAUUUGUAACGGCUGUAAAUGCAGAAUAUUUAUACGAUCAUCCGAAUUAUAAUUAUCGAUGCCAAUAUAUUCGAGCCAUCUCAAACAGGAAAUGCGAGGCAGAUGAAAAAGUUGCAAUAAAUCCGAUUACGGAUUGUAUGUUAUCCUGUGGGCAUUACGCAUGUUCUCCGGGUGAUAUAGAAGAAGAUAUGGGGCAUAAACAAGUCCCUGUAAUGAGGCUCUAUGUACCGCAAAAUGAAUGGCAAUUCGCGACGCUUGGAUCCUUAGCUGGUUUUGAGAAAACCAAUUCGUUACUUAGAUAA